GAAGCCUUGUUCGGAAACUCGCUAAGCAUGCUUCACGUACAAACCUAGCGAUUUAUUGAAAACAAGGAAAAAAUCGUGGAGUACGCAGAAAAAUUUUUUUUAUACAUACACAUUUUAUAAAUAUAAUAAAAAAAGUUGUAUAAUACAAGUUUAUGAAGAAUACUAAAAGUCAUAGAUUUAUAAAUACAUACCAAUCAGAUCACAAAAUAUAAUCGUACUUCUUUUACUUCACAACCAUUACAAAUAGUUUAAUAUAUUUUAACUAUAUUUAUCUUUAAACUAUCAAAACUAAAAUUAAAUAAAUUUUACUAUAAUUUACGUAAUAUAAUUUUUAAUAUAAAAUAAUACAUGCAAAACAUAUUAAUUAAGUGUAAGAAAAAAUAUAAUUAUAAUUAAUUGUAUAAUUGGGUCUUAUGGUUGAUUGGACUUGUGAUAAAUAAAGAAAUAAAUAAAAUAACGUGGUUUUCUUCUUCGUUUGCUAAUCAUCCAACUCAGCCAUAGAAAAAGUCUGAAAUCACCACCAAUUACACGUCGGGUUAUCCACUUCCACGGUCCAGGCGGACACAAAAUUGGACCACCGCGUAAGAUCAUCCAUCUGCAUGAACUCGCCAUGCUCCAUCUCCGAUUCCCGUUUUCUCUCGGCCACGUAAUCAGUGAUGUGGCCGAUUUUUAGAACAGGGUUUUUAAAGUAAUGGAUAAUUGGAUAUGUAACACCACAAAAGUUGGAAAUUAGUGAAAUAUUUUUAAAUAAAAGAGAUAAAUUGAUUUUUAUUAUUUUAAUUUUAAACUGAUCAAAGUAGAUAUAUGUGUAUUUUCUUUACGCCUUCACAUCGUUUGGUGUUGUCUACGUCGUUAAUCUCUCAAAUGCGUCGGCCUAUAAGUUUGGAUCAGUCUUCCAUUUGAUCCAUGUGGUCGUGGAUGUUCGACCUUACUUAAACGAAGCUCAGGUUACCAGUGUCACCGCAUCGCUUGACUUCAUUUUUCUUGGGAGAUCUGAUGGUUGUCUCUUGCUUCCAAUUUUUUAUGUCUCCUUAGGAACCAUCAUCAGGUAGAUUGAUUAGUCUCUCAACUUGAUCAUGUUUCUUCACUUCUCUUAUCAUCAUCAUUUGCCUUGUAGGUUUUAACCAGGAGUUGUGUGAUGAUGAAGGGUUUUUACGUCGAUGGUGAUUUGUAAGGCAAGCAGUUAUUAGAAAACAAUUUUAUCUUUUACUUUUUGUUCAUAUAUAUACUUAGAAGAAAGAAAUAAAGUACUCUUUCUUUUAUAAUGCGCAAUAUACAGGGGCAUAUGUUGCAGUCAUGACAGAUUUAUCUAUAUCAGAAUUUCAUGUAGUAUAGCUGUCGAUAACUGUGAGAGUAUUAUUUGUCAGUGAUCAUUUUAAAUUUGUUUGAUCAUCCAUCAUAUAGUGAGACCCACAUCAUUCCAAUGGUUUUCUUGUUUAGAAUUCAACGCGAUUACAGUGUUUUUCAUACACUUUACUUUCUCUACAUCAUGCAUAUCGCAAUAUUCCAUUGCAAGGGAUACAUUAAUUAUGACCUUCUAUGUUGAAUUUGAAUCUUCCCAACUUUUUUUGAAUUGCAUAUCCUUAUUCCUUACUUUUGCAGCGAGAAUUGCGGGAUAUCAUAUAUACAUUCGACACAAUCUUGAUUUUAAAGGCCAAUGAAUUGAUAUCUCCAAUGUUGGCCCAUAAAUCUAGUAACAAUUCUGUAAUCCCUAAACCCCCAAAUUCAAACAACUUUAGAUUCUCUCUCUGCUUCAUCUCGCGCUUGGGGAAUGCUCAGCAGCUGUAACGCAAGGUUCGUGGCUCUCUCUCUCUCACUCACUCUUUCGUCAAGUGGGUGUGGACAAAUGAAUAACGGCGGUUCGUGGUUACCUGAAGAGGAAGAGGAGUUAAAGGGUCUGUCGGAAAACUUCUUUGAUGAUCUCAUAACUCUGCCUCUUGAAGAGGACAUGGAAACGGGCGAUGAUGAUGAGGAAGGAGAUUGGGAUGCCAAGUUUGAAAACCUCGUGCCUCCUCCCUUGGAUCUGCUCACCAGCUUGUCCUCUGAGUUCACUCACGCUCCACGUGCUGGACUCCUCAGGAACCCUCUGCCCACUUUGAAGCAGUCGAGUUCUUCAGAAGUCUCUUCUAGCUCCCUUCCUGAUGUCAAACUCUCAACGCUAUUCCAGUCUUCAAGCGCACUCUCAGUCCUCGAGAACGCCGCCGCAGCCAAUGGUUCAGUCUCCUUCCCCGUCAAAGGCACCAGAAGCAACCUCCGCAAACGCCCCACACCGCCCACAUUCAGGUCCCUCAAGUCAUUUGCAUCAGAGAUGGUUCAGCAGUUUGCUCCUGAUGAUCCAGACUCCGAAACUUACCUCCCUUUUGCCAAGAAGAAACGCCAGAGGAAGAACAAGGACCAGUCAUCAGUCUCUGACAGUCCAGAACAGUUCAACGCAGAUGGAACAAUCCGCAUGUGCACUCACUGCGAGACAACCAAGACACCACAGUGGAGGGAAGGUCCAUGUGGGCCUAAAACGCUAUGCAAUGCCUGUGGAGUCCGGUUCAGGUCAGGCCGUCUUCUUCCGGAGUACCGUCCAUCGUCAAGCCCGAGCUUCAUCCCAAGCUUGCAUUCGAAUUCUCACAGGAAGAUCAUAGAGAUGAGAAGGAAAGAUCAAGACUUGCAACCGGGAUGAACCCUUUACUGUUAGAGAUUAUAUGGAGAGAUGUAUUCAAUAUAGUUUUUGAGAGGAUUUGAAGUAAUUUUGAUUUUCAAAAGAGCUUAGAUGGUUUUAGGUGCAUUAGGAAGUUGUUAUGAUCUCUCUUAUUAAAACAUUUUAGAAUCUAAUCUAAAAUGAUUUAGAUUUUUCUUA